ACUUAAAGAUCUGAAUUGAAGAUUGUUUUGGGGUGGAAAAAGCUUCUGAUAUCUAAGAUCAGUGACUGUGAACCGUAAUACACUGGAGUUUGGACCUGAGUGGGGUUUUUCACUCGCUCUCUGACAACAGGUUCUAAACCUCUCACCCUCUCACGGGACAAGAUGGGAAACACAAAGAGUAGUGCAAUGUCGAAGGAGAUCCUGGAGGAUCUAAAGCUGAGCACGAAAUACUCGGAGACCGAAUUGAGCCAGUGGUAUGAGAAUUUCCAGAAGACUUGCCCCACGGGACGAAUCAGCCCGGAGGAAUUUGAGAAAAUCUAUGCAAAGUUUUUCCCGGACAGCGACGCCAAGAACUAUGCCCAACACGUCUUUCGCUCCUUUGACACCAACGAUGAUGGCACACUGGACUUCAAGGAGUAUAUCAUUGCCCUACACAUGACCUCCAGUGGGAAGACGGAGCGGAAGCUAGAGUGGGCUUUUUCACUCUUUGACGUGGACAAAAAUGGAUACAUCACCAGAACAGAAGUAACAGAGAUCUGCACAUCCAUCUUCAAACUGAUUCCCAAAGAAGAGCAGGCUAAACUCCCAGCAGACGAGAAUACUGCAGACAAGAGGGCGGAAAAGCUGUGGUCAUAUUUCAACAAGAAGGACACUGAACGCCUUGCUGAGGGUGAAUUUAUCCAAGGGGUCUUGGACAAUGACAACGCGUUGCGUCUAAUUCAGUAUGAACCCAUGAAGUAAACGGCGACAUGUUCUUCUCAUCGCUUCUGUCCAGUGCACCUCCAACGUCUCUGUGGUCCAACAAUGUUAUCUCUCGCUUUCUCUCUUUCUCUUCCUCUCUUUCUCUCUCUCUCUCUCGGCUUUGCAUGUGUCCUGUUUUCCCUUGUGUUUUAUUGUGUUGUUCGGUUUCCAUGUGUACCCAUCUGUAUUUAUUCUCUAGCAAAACUCUGUAAUUUGAGAAAUUUGAAAGUACAUGAAUGGUCGUCAUUAUGAUAUCUGAAUUCAAGGAUGUUGUUUGGUUUUUUUGGUGUAUGGGUGACUGAGUAAUACCAUGAAUAAUGUAUAUAGAGCAAUUGCUUUCAACCAAAGCACUAAAGUGGAAAAGUACUCACCAUAAAAUUCUGUUCAAUUCUGCGCCAUAAUAUGGUGCUGUAUUCACUGUCUUGGGACAAUAAAUGUCUAGCAUGGCACUGCCAGAUUCAGUUUCCCCAAUAAACGAUACUUUUUAUAUUGAGUCGAAAGCCUUGCCAUUUUUUGGACAGUAAUAACUGGCUCAUCAAUGAUGGUAUGAUGUACAGAAUGUUUAGCUAAAUUGUAAAUUGAGACAUAAAUGCUAACUUUCUUGACAGUUGAAUUGAAAUAAUCAUUAGAUCUACUGAUCAGCCCCUGCUCCCCCAUAGCACAGUCUUUGAAACAUUUUCUAGUUUCUAUUCUGCUAUGAAAUGACAAAGCUGUAUGUGCAAGACUUAAAUCUUCCCAGAGCCUAGAUUACAGAUUCCAAAA